UCCCCUCGCUCGCUCUCUCCCCCUCGAUCAGAAAUUAAAAAUCGCACCUUUUAUUCCAUGUGCAGUAGAUCAAGAAACAUGUUGCUUUUUGAUGAUUGCUGCACAAAGCUGUUUGGUCGUUUCAUCUUUCCCAUUCAAUUAGUUAUUCUGAUCGGGCGAGCUUCAUCUCCGCCUUCCCUUUUUGUUUCUUAAAGAAUGUUGGGGCGAUCAUCAGCAGUGACUUUACCGACCCAUGAAUACUCAGCAUACUGCUCUCUCUUGUUGGAUACUUCAAUUCCAAUACCAAAUUUGGUGCUGCCUAUAUGUAAAUCAUCAUGUGGAUUCAGGCCCAUUGUUCAAAUGAGUGCAAGCCGAAACAACAGUUGUAAUUUAAGUUGCACUUCGAACAAGUGGAGGAUACACUCAGUUGAACAGGUCCAAGCAGUCCUAUUAGAAGACGAACAGAAGAAAACAUGGGAGACGUGCACAGAAAUACUCUCCACAUUAAAAUUUUCGAUCGAGGAAGCAGACUCCAUUCUCAAAAAGGCAUUUGGCUGGGUUCAUUCACCCUAUUGGGGGGAAGAAAGAAGCAAGGAAGUUCCAAAGGUACAAAAGGUAAAUGAGAUGUUGGAUUACAUCAAAGGUUUGGGCCUUAAUGAUGAGGACCUAUACAAAAUACUGAAGAAGUUUCCUGAGGUGCUUGGAUGCAGUCUAGUUGAUGAAGUGCAGACGAACAUUGACAUGCUGGAGAAGGAUUGGGGAAUCAAAGGGAAAGCUCUUCGUAAUCUUCUUAUUAGGAAUCCCAAAGUUUUGGGCUACAAUGUGGAUUGUAAGGGAGACUGCAUGGCUCAGUGCACUAGAUGUUGGGUUCGAUUUUAGAACAGUGAUGAAGGCUACAAGUAGCCAAUUGUCUUGCAAUGUGUCUGUAUUCUUUCAACCUUUCCCAUGCCACAUCAUAGUAGUUAUUUUAAAAUGUUAUUAUGAGAUUUGGGUGCA